AUCAGUUUAGUCGGUACUUUCUGCAUGUUUGUCGCAUUCGCCUUAUGAAUUGUUUUAGUUGUACAUACCGGCAUCGUGUUCAUUUAAUAUUAGGGUUAGAUUAAAUUGCGUUUCCGCUUCAUUUCCAAAUACGUGUUUAUACAUCGAACUGAAAGCAAUAUUGACUCAUCGUCAUUUCUAACCUCUAACUGCAAGUACACAGCCGACUAAAUUUGAUAAUAUUGUGAUAUUACUUUAAGUGUAUUUCUGAAGUAUGAUCGGGAUGUAAUGGUUUCAGAGACGAGACGAUUUAAGGGUUGUAAAAUGUGGUAAAUGUGUUGUUGAACUCCGCUCCUCCGAUAUGUGUUAAUUGUUUCAAUAUUCUAAUGGUAUACACCAGUUCCAGUAAUCUUCAGUGUGUGAAAGUUAGCGUUAUUGUUGACCGCUCUUUUCAUUUCCGGAGUGACGGUGGAUUAGUGAUGAUUACCACUUGAUGGAAUUAAUUAUCCUGUUUAUUUCCUGCUAUCAUCAAGGAUUUUGGGCCCAUGACGUGAAGUCUACAUUCGCCGCUCCCAUUAUGAAGCGGCACCUCAUCACGAUACUGUUGACGGUGGCGGUCGCCGCCGCGUCCAGUGACAUCGUUCGUUCAUUUACCGAUCCUGCCGUCGAACGCUUUAACCAUCUCGUAGUUGAUAAGAACACCGGACGUGUGUACAUUGGAGCUGUAAAUCGGUUGUAUCAAUUAUCUCCGGAACUCGAACUUGUGAUUGCGGAAGUAACCGGCCCUGAGCUUGAUUCCGACGAAUGUUCCGUAUUAGAAUGUACCACUUCCGUCAACAAAAAGCUUACCGACAAUGUAAACAAGGCGUUAGUAAUCGAUUAUACAACUACUCGUCUGAUCUCUUGCGGAAGUCUAUUUCAAGGAAUCUGUUCUAUACGUAAUCUCCACAAUAUUUCCGAUGCUGCUCAAGAAGUACGGGAAGCUGUCGUUGCGAACAACGCAACAGCUUCGACUGUUGCAUUUAUUGCACCAGGACCACCAAAUCCUCCAGUUUCUCAAGUGAUGUACGUCGGCGUUACCUUUACUUUAGGUUCACCGUAUCGGUCAGAAGUUCCUGCAGUUAGUAGUCGUUCCUUGGAUAAAGGGAAAAUGUUUACCAUUGCCCAAACCGCCGUUACCACCGGAACGAGAAUGUUUGUAAAUUCUUUGGCGAGAGAACGUUACCCAAUUACGUACGUUUACGGAUUUAGUUCGGAACGAUUUAGUUACUUUUUAACAACCCAAAUGAAACACACGACUUCGAGCCAAUUUAUAACAAAAUUAGUCCGAGUAUGUCAGGACGACGAGAAUUAUUAUUCGUAUACGGAAAUACCCAUAGAUUGCAUUAGCGAAGCUCAGGGUGGUCGGAAAUACAAUUUAGUGCAGGCCGCGUACGUUGGAAAAGCUGGCUCCGAUUUAGCGGGCGAUUUGGGAAUAACGGCUCAAGACGACGUUCUUUUCGCGGUAUUUAGUGAAAGUGAACCUUUACAAGUAAACAGACCUUCGGACCUUUCGGCAUUAUGCGUGUACUCUUUGAAAGCCAUACGAAGAAAAUUCAUGCAGAACAUCAAGACCUGCUUUAACGGCGUAGGACAGCGAGGUUUGGACUUUAUUUCUCCCAGUCACCCGUGCGUGCCAACGGAGGGCGUUGAGGCGGAAUGUGCAAUUCCUGAUCCGAGAGACCGCACCGGAAUUUGCCCCCAGUCCGAAGUCGACCUCAGUUAUACUCAAACUUUCUAA